ACAUACUCUCUCUCUCUCUCUCUCCAACCUGUACACCAUAUCAUUCAUUCUCUAUAAGUACUCUUUUCUCACACUAUCUAUCUCUCUGUCUGUAUCUUCUAGUUCGGUGCCAAAAUCUGGCUUUGAUUCUUCAAGAAGGCUCAGGAAUGGAGGUGGUGGAGCGUUGGUUGCCUGAAAUAGUGUUUUUAUGAGUGAUAAGAAAAAAAUAAAAUAAAGUAGGUCGUUUUGCUGUGGACUUGAACUGGAAUUUGAAAACUCGGUGGAGAAUUUGGGAAGGUGAAGAGGUGCUGAGAGAAGAAGGAAAAAUAUAUAUAUAUAUUUUUUUGGGUUGUGAAUGGCGGUGGAAUACGAGUGCUGCGAGACUGGUUUCUUCAUUCACAUAGGGGUAAUUGUGUUCUUGGUCUUGUUCGCCGGGUUAAUGUCCGGUCUCACUUUGGGCCUUAUGUCUAUGAGUCUUGUCGAUCUUGAAGUCCUUGCCAGGUCCGGGACUCCCAAGGAUCGCAAGCAUGCCGAAAAGAUAUUGCCGGUUGUCAAAAAACAACAUUUAUUGCUUUGCACCCUACUAAUUUGUAAUGCUGCUGCAAUGGAGGCGCUUCCCAUUUUUCUUGAUGGUCUGGUUACAGCCUGGGGUGCUAUUCUUAUUUCAGUGACAUUGAUUCUUCUAUUUGGUGAGAUUAUACCACAAUCUGUUUGUUCUCGAUAUGGUUUAGCAAUUGGUGCUACAGUAGCCCCGCUUGUCCGAGUGCUUGUUUGGGUCUGCUUUCCUGUGGCAUUUCCAAUUAGCAAGCUAUUAGACUUUCUGUUGGGACAUGGACAUGUAGCUUUAUUUCGCAGAGCUGAGUUGAAAACACUUGUAGAUUUGCAUGGUAAUGAGGCUGGAAAAGGUGGAGAAUUGACACAUGAUGAGACAACAAUUAUUGCCGGUGCACUUGAGCUUACAGAGAAAACAGCCGGUGAUGCUAUGACUCCUAUUUCUGAAACUUUUGCAAUUGAUAUCAAUGCCAAGCUUGACAGGGAUUUGAUGAGUCUAAUACUGGAGAAAGGGCAUAGCAGAGUACCCGUUUAUUAUGAGGAACCUACAAACAUAAUUGGACUUAUACUGGUCAAGAAUUUGUUGACAAUUCACCCACAAGAUGAGGUACCUGUAAAGACAGUUACCAUACGCAGGAUUCCAAGGGUUCUUGAAACUUUGCCAUUGUAUGAUAUAUUGAACGAGUUUCAAAAGGGUCAUAGUCACAUGGCUGUUGUUAUAAGAAGAUCCAAUAAGACAGAGGAGAAGCCUGUCAGCAAACCUGGUGACUUAGAUUCAGUGAAAGAUGUGAAAAUUGAUGUUGAUGGUGAAAAACCUCCUCAAGAGAAGAUUCUAAAGAGCAAGAGACCAAUCCAUAAAUGGAAGAGCUUUCCUGCCAGUGCGAAUAAUUCAUAUAGAAGUGGGUCUAGGAGUAAGAAGUGGACGAAGGACAUGUACUCAGAUAUCCUGCAGAUAGAUGGCAAUCCACUCCCAAAGCUCCCUGAAGAGGAAGAAGCUGUGGGCGUUAUUACAAUGGAGGAUGUGAUUGAGGAACUUUUGCAGGAGGAGAUCUUUGAUGAGACCGAUCAUCAUUAUGAGGAUUCAUGACAUUGGCCUAUCUGCAAAAAGAUGAAUCAGUACAUAGAAUUAUAAAAAUUUGUUGUAUUUGUUUCAAUCUUUUGGUUGUAUUAGGAUUUGGUUCUGGUCGGAUACCACGAAGAGUAGUAUGAGUUGUAGCACUGGUGGUUAAUAUGUGUAAGAAGGAUAUGUAGCAUUUGUUACACGCUGUUGUCAUGGUACUCCGUAAGAUAAGAAACUGGAAGACGAAAGAUAAUUUUCCUUGUUUUGGCGGUUGAGAUGUAAGAAAAGCUUUUGUAUUUAGAGUUACAGAUUGGUGUGAGUGAACUGCUUUACGUUUA